AUGCUCGGCCUGAAUACCUUCCUCAAGCAAGGAAUCUUUGCCACUUAUGUUGCACUUUGGACCUCAUCGCACUUGUUGGUCUACUCAAGCCAGCUUGCAUCUGCCCCAUCCUACAACGCGACAUCUGUGGUGAUCCUGACGGAGACCUUGAAGUUGAUCCUGGCCGCUGCCAUGUUUGUGGCUUACGAUGGCCCCCUGUCUGAGAUGUUCCGUGUGACCUGCAAACAACACCGCGUUCUGCUGAAAUACGCCAUACCGGCUCUGCUGUAUGCUCUUUACAACAACUUGCUUUACGUGAACCUUGCCGCCUUUGACCCUGGCACAUACAACGUCUUGCUUCAGCUCAAGAUUGCGCUCACCGGCGUGCUUUACCAGUUGCUCUUCUCGCGGCAGCUGAAUCGGAACCAGUGGCAAGCCAUUCUGCUCAUCACUGCCGGCUGCAUGUGCAAGGAGUCAGGCAAAGUCAAGGCACUGGGUCUCCAGGCGAACUUGAGCUCCUGGCUUCUGCUGAUCGUGCAGAUGCUGUGCUCCGUGCUUGCCGGAGUCUACAACGAGGUUUUACUGAAGGGGUCUGACGGUGCCAAAAGCAGCGUCCCGACGAACCUUCAGAAUGCCUUUAUGUACUUUCAAUCGAUCCUCGUCAAUGGCAUCCUUCUGGUCUGGGAGGGCAAGGUGGCGGAAGCCAUCUCUCCGGACAACGUUGCUGCAGUCCUUACUCCAAGGGUGAUCUUGAUCAUCGGGAUCAUGUCCUCUGUCGGUCUGGUUACGGGGUUCUUCCUGAAGCAUUUGGACUCCGUGCUCAAAGCCGUGGCGUCUGCCUUAGAGGUGGUGUUCACGAUGCUUCUGGGCUUCGUCCUGUUUGGAGCACCGCUGGGCAUCGUCGGCGCAGCCUCCGCUGCCCUGGUUGGUUCUGGAGUUGCACUGUACUCGCGUCCGAUGCCCGUUCCGCCGGGUGCAGAGGAUGAGCUGAAGAUCGUUUAG